AUGAAUUUAGAACAAACUACAACAAUAACACUUUCAUGUGAUAUAUCCAAAGAACACUCAGGACCUACAAUGAUUCAUAGUACGGGAGUUCCAAAUUAUCAGAUUCAUCCAAUGCAAAUUUACAUUUUGCAAGAUGCAUUUCCAAACGACGAAAUACGAAAUGACAGUCAAGGCGUUUUGUACAGUGUUCCACCAGCAAAUGUUAUUGAAGCACUUAAAGACUCUGGAUUUUCUGUAAUAUCGACAAAGACGUCUGGUGUUCGCAAAGUAUGGGUAUUAUCACUUGAAGGUAGCGGCAGUGAUGAUGGUGGAGACGAAUGA